GUGAGAAUGGAAUAACAAGUCGUAUGCUUCACUAUCACUAUUGACAUCCCCAUGACAAAUGUCAAAACGGGCCUAUUAUUUUGUGACGACUGUAGUGGAAAUAUUCUUCGUUAGUCGAUAAAGAAGUUUUAUUUUAAUAUUAUGGCUAAUAACAAUGAUGAUGAUGAAACAAUAUCCUUAGAACAAAAGCACAGAAAAGAAAAAAAGGAGUUACAGGCUCAAAUUCAAGCUUUGAAAAAGGCUGCUAAAAAUGAUAAAACGAAAAAAAAAGAACUGAAUGCUGAAAUCGCUAAAUUAGAGUCUGAUUUGGAAGAACGUCACAAAAAAGAAAUCGAAUCAAAACCAGACAUAGAUGUACCCGAAGAAACAGAAGAUAUCAACCAAGUUAUAGAGACCAUCACAAAAACAAAAAUUUCAAAAGCACAAAAACGUAGAGAUAAAAAAAUUCAACAGGAGAAAGACCGUGAAAAAGAAAUUAAAAUGCAGGAAAAAGAAAAUAUUAACGGACCUAGAAACAUGGAAAGUCAAGCAAUAAGUAAGAGAUUAACAAACAGAAAUUUAAAAAUUUAUCCCAUACCCUCUGAUGGUGAUUGUCUAUAUAAAGCUGUUGCCCAUCAGUUGGAGACUAAGUAUGACAAGAAAAUGACUGUGGAUGACCUAAGAAAUCAUGUAUCCACAUACAUUUUAGAACACAAAGAGGACUUCAUGCCAUUUCUAAGUAACACUGAGACAUUUGAGAUGCUUUCAGAUGCAGAAUUUGAAGAAUAUUGUAAUAAAAUAAGAAAUACAAAAACUUGGGGUGGACAGUUAGAAAUUAGGGCAAUGUCAAACUGUUUUAGCUGCCCCAUUACUGUGAUACAGGCUACCGGACCUGAAACAAUAGAUCAAGGCACUGAGUUCCCUGGGCCUGCUCUAAUUAUUUCUUAUCACAGACAUAUGUACAGUCUAGGUGAACAUUACAAUUCAACUCAAAUACUCAAUAAAGAUAACACAAAGUCUAAAGCGUAGACAUUGAGAUUGAAUGGUUCAGUAAGGGCUAUGUUGUAAAUAAAAAAUCCCUAAAGGCCGACAAUAUACCUGUACCUACUCUAACAUGUCCAUAGGUGGCAGUAGCCAUAUAAUAGGUGGUGCUGUCUACUUGUUUACCUUCUUUUAUAUUAUAGAAAAAUAAGAACAAUUUGUGAUUUUAAUAGAUACCCACAUUUUCAUAUUGUGACAAAGUUAAAAGUAAUACAACUUAAAUUAUUUUGAUUGUGAUACUUUUUAUGAGUUAUUUUUUGCAUUUAAUGUAAUUUUCUUUUCAAUUAUUUACAUAAAUAAUAUAAAAAAUGUGUUUGUUUUAUUAUAAAAUACUUUUAUUAUUACACACAAAUUGUUGUUAAUACAGAAGAAAAA